AUGUGGUGUUUCCUGACUUCCGCCUUGGGGUACGGGGGUAGUGCGGUUUCGUCUGAGGAGGCAGACUCACGUCAGCAGAGGGAGGGGUCCCAAGCCCUGCUGGACUUUGAGGGGGAUGAGGCUUUGUCUGAGGUGGUGGACACAGAUCAGCAGAGGAAGGAAUCCCAGGCCCUGACAGGGAUGAAGUCUGAGGGAGUUGAGGCUGCAUUUGAGGGGGCGGCCUCAAGUCAGCAGAGGGAGGGGUCCCAGGCCCUGACAGGCAUCAAGGACAGUGGGGACCUCACAGAGUCCAGCCCUGCCCCUCCUGUCUAUAUUGGAAGGCCCAGGACUGUGCUUGCAGUCCACAGUCUCAAGAGCCCCCAUCAGUUCCUCUUCCAGGGAUUCAAGGAAUCGGGAGCUGAAAGCCCUGGUCUGAGGCAAGUGUCUUCAGAUCAGCAGAGUGGAGGAGGCCCAGGCACUGCCAGGACUCAAGGGCUGUGGGUCUCCAUCACCCACCCUCCUGCCCACACUCUUGUGUGCUUCCCACAGACCAGAGUCACCAUGUCUCUCUCUCCAAAGUGUUCACGCUACAUGCCUGAUCAAGAUCUUCAGGAAGAAAUUGAGACACAGCACCUGCUGAAUGUGCCCAUUUCUAUGACUAUGGAGUUAGGGGACUCAUCUGCCUCUCCCUCUCCUUUGGUAUCAGACUCCCCUGAGGAGGUGCUUGCUGCUGGGGCACCACAUUCUCCCAAGAGUCCUCAAAGAGUCACCUCCACCUCCACUUCAUCGAGCAUAUCAGAUGAGAGCUCCAGCAGCAAAGAAGAAGAAAGUCCAAGUACCCUGCUAGAUAAGGAAUCCUUGCUGAGAGAAGCCCUAGACAAGAAAGUGGCUGAUUUGGUGCAGUUCCUGCUCCUCAAGUAUCAAAAAAAGGAACUUGUCACAAAGGAAGACAUCCUAAAGACCAUCACCAGAAACUACGAGGGCUACUUCCCUGUUAUCCUCAAGAGAACCCGUGAGUGCAUAGAGCUUGUCUUUGGUUUUGAUGUGAAGGAGGCAGAUGCCAGUGGCGACGUGUAUGUCUUCAGCCACACGUUAGACCUCACCUACAAUGAGAUGCUCAGUGAUGACAGGGGCAUGCCCAAGGCCGGCCUCUUGAUUCUUAUGCUGAGCCUGAUCUUCAUGGAGGGCAACUGCACCUCUGAGGAGGAGAUCUGGAGUGUGCUGAAUGCUACAGGGGUGUAUGCUGAUAGGGAGCACCUCAUCUAUGGGGAGCCCAGGAAGCUCAUCACCAAAGAUUUAGUGCAGGAGAAGUAUUUGGAGUACCAACAGAUUCCCGGCAGUGAUCCUGUACACUCCGAGUUCCUGUGGGGUCCCAGGGCCCAUGCGGAAACCAGCAAGAUGAAGGUCCUGGAGUUUUUUACCAGGGUCAUUGAUACUGCUCCCAAUGCCUUUCCAGCCUGGUAUGAUGAUGCUGUGAGAGAUGAGGAAGAGAGAACCCAGGCCAGAAUUGCCUCCUCAAAUGAUAUUGCCAGUGAAAGUUCCAGUCCCCCAUCCCAGUAG